AGUUAACGGCUCAGAACUCAGUCAAGGCCCAGAAAAGAUUCCAAUGCAGUGCAUAGCAACAAACCUUGCAUGAUAUGGCUUCUUCCGAAGCGGAGAGCACUGAAGAGCCAGCUGCUGCAAGCAGCAUGGGUGAAGGCGUCACAGCAAGUCAGCUCGAUGCGCCAGACCUUAUGGGCCAGGUCUCCAGUGCGUCCAGCAUGCGUGCCAGCGAGCUCAGUCAGCAGGCUUCAGAAACCACCAGCGUGGGACAAACCUCGCGCGCCACGACUGCACGAAGUGCCAAACAUGUCCAGAUUGCCACGUUGCCUGAUUCAAGCGGCGACAAUCUUACAAACGAGUCGGCAGGCAGAAGAAGAAGCAUCCCAGAGGGAAGCUCUUCAGCAACGUCCCUGCCCGGACAGCCAAGUCCGGAAGAGCGGAUUAGGCUCCUGAUGGACGCGUACAGCCCCCGGAAGUCCCUGUCAGCUAGAAGCGCUCGCUUUAGUCCCCGGCCUUUGGACUCCUCCCGAAAGAGGAACAGUGCUCCUGCCAAUGCCGCUGCUCAGGGGAUGCUCGCUAAGGAGACCAGCAAAGUCGUCAGCACCUAUUCCCAGAUGGUGACAAAGCUGGCAGCCAUCUACAACGAUGAGCGGAAGAUUGCUGAAGGAAAAGAGAAGGAGCGACAACACCUGGUAGAGACUUUGAGAGACCUGGAAGCAUCCAGCAUUACCCCCGCCACUCUACAAGGUUCGCCUGAGCAGGCCACCAUUGUGGAGCUCAGGGAACGAGUUGGGACACUGGCAAGCGAGGUCGAGGAAGCUUCCAAGAUAAGUCGGAUGUGCGAGCAUAUGGUCGAAAGGAUACGGCUCUCCGCCCAAAGGAAGGAACUCAAGAUCAAGCAUCUGAAGGUGCUUCACGACCGCGUGGCGACAGACCGGGACCAGGCAGAGCUCAACAUGCACAGAGCGCAAGACGAGCGACUGGCCGCGGAAAACAAGGUGUUCGACUUGGAGGCAGACCUGGAGGACUCGCAAACAAGGAAUCAGCAAGCGCUGGCGGGCCUGCGGCGCGUGGUGGAGAAGCGCGAGGAGAUGCUGCUGCAGCGGUCGCUGUGGGAGAACCGGGUGCAGGCGGACAUCGACGCGAUCCAGCGCGCGGAGCGCGAGCGCGACCUGCGCACGAAGCUGGUCAUCAACUCCUUCCACAGCGUCAAGGCGCACGUCAGCCACCAGAGCGCCAAGGAGAAGGCGGAGGACUACGAGGAGCGGCUACGGAAGGUGGAGCAGUCGACGGGGCUGCACAUCGACUUGCGGAACGUGGGGGAUGUCGUCGAUCUAGUUAUGCGCCAGCGCAAGCUCAAGGACCUCCAGGUGGACAAGGUGCGCGGCGAGGCGCGGCGCGAGGCGCUCGCGGAGGAGCUGCGCGAGCUGCACGCGGUAGUGUGGUCGCUGGCGAACGUCCCCGAGCGCAGCUCCAAGAUGCUCGACGAGUUCACGGGGCCCAUGCGCCGCGCGGAGGCGCGCGCGGAGAGGGCCGCGCGCGACGUGGAGACGCACACCACGCUCGCGCUCAAGCUCAAGAGCUGGCUGCGCAACCUGAUGGAGAAGCUCGCAACGGUGGACAUGCUGGUGGGAAACGACCGGCGCAACAGCCAACCGGACUCGGUGCCCGCCCCGGCUGGGCCCCCUGUGCAUCUCACCAUGGCGGACGCUGACCUGAUCAAGGCGGUCGAAACCCUGGAGAACCGCCUGUACCGCUGCCUCCUGAUCGCCUCCGCUCCGACAGACGCGGGCGGCGAUACCGGCCGGGACCCUAGAACUCCGAGAAUGGCACGGCAGUCUGUUUUCCCCACCCCUAUCGCGAGCCCCCGGUCCAACGCUCCGACCUCACCUCGAAACGCACAAAAGACCCCGAUGUUGAGCCCCAUGGCGUCCUUCGCAAGGCGGUUCGACAAACUUCUAGAAUCCAGUCAGUCGGGGGGGUCCGAUGACACCAACCAACCCUCCAGUCUAGACGCCAGUGUAAGAAGCUCUCUCAGAAGUACGGGGUCCCUAGCCGCUUCGAUUACCGGACCUCUCCUUUCCUCGAGCACGGGUUCUCUUUUUGCCUCGACUACCGGUUCCCUUCUUGGGUCCAUUUUGGAGGGAAUUGUUUCGUCCGUGGACGACGGAAAGGAAGCGACGCGAGAAGCCUCCGAACCGUCCGUUCCGGGACCGGCCGAGGCAGACCGGAAAACGGAAAGCACAGGAAAGAUCGCGCCCACCAGUGGAAAACUCCGGGCGACCCUCCGACCCAAGCUGGCGGCGGUCACGACGCUGUUGAGGCCGAAGACGGCAACAACACGUGGCAGCCUUUCCGCGACGACACGUGUUAACGGAACACCCCGAGCCGCGGCCGGCAGGCCGCCGCCUCCCCCCGGCAAAACCUCCCAGCCCCAGACGCCCCGGCUGGCUUCAUCUCGAACCACCCCGGAUGGGCUCGAAACCCACACGCAAACCCAACCCAUAACCCCGAGCCCUGUGCAGACCGCGCGCGCGCUUCGAACCGGGUUGAUGAGCGCGAGACCCCGGGUUACGCUUGAAGUGAAUUUGUUGGGUUCCGAAACGACCGGAAGGACGCCCCGAGACGGGGACGCUCCCGCUGGCGGCACGCGACGACGGCCGGCGAGCGCGCACCCGCUGCUGCAGGCCGCGACGACGCAGCUGCAGACGCUGAAGCCGGAGCAACUAGAGGCGCUAGUACUUGGUCAAAGCACCCCACGCGACGUCGCGCUCGACCUGCUUUCACGCCCAGGUGGAAACAACUGGCGGCUGGACCAGAAGAUCAGGAAUUUGCGAGAGUGCUUCAUGACGGGGCCCAAUGCCGAGGACGCAAACGACUCGGAGAACCGGGCGGCGAUGGCCCGAUCGCGGUCGGCUCGGCGGAGCGCUGUCAUGAAGUCACGGGAAAAGACGUUGUUGGACGACGAGGUGGUUUUGGAGCGGGAAGACAUCAAGCAGCAGUCGGCCAAGAUCAUGGACCUGCUGCGGGUGGCCGAGAAGAAGUGGGAGGACGACGAGAGGAGGGCGCAGGAGUCGGAGCGCGAUCGGGUCGAGGCGGCCGCGCUGAACGGGAAGGACAGAACCGCGCAGAUGCUUAACCGGCUGGCCCGGCCCAAGAAGCUCAGCAGAUCAUGAGGUCAAGUAAAUCAGAACCGCGGCACGCAAGAUUUGGUUGAGA